CAACUCGCAAGAGUCUCAAAUUUUGUUUGGAUAAAGCCAUAAAGGUAGGUGGCAAAUUUUCCUCCGGCUUCAUCCGCUCUUCGGAAAAUUUUCCUACGGCAGGCCGGCAGGGUUGAUCCAUAGAAAUUAUCUUUUCGUCCUCUUUUUAAUACUCUCCUCCCUAUCUUUCCUCUCUCCCCUAUCCAACCAUAUUGUAAGUGCACAACCAAUUGGAUGAAACAAGGAGAGCAGUGGCACUGAUGCAAAGUUGUGAAUCCCCUCUGCUCGGAAUAUCUUCCCUCUGCAGUCCAAUCUUGAAAUUUAACCCUCCCCGCUUUUUCAAUUCCAUCCAUUCACCUUCUACUGAUAGUAUCAAACUCAAAUUCGGUUCACAUGUCAACUUUAGGGUUUCGACCAAGUCUGCACUCUCUUCUUCUUCUUCUUCUUCUUCACGAGGGGACUACAAAAGGAACACAGACCAGGUGAUUCCUCCCUACAACGUUAUGAUCACCGGCGGUUCCAAAGGUGUGUUUCAUUUUCCAUUUAGGUUUAUACCAUUGUCCAUGUUCUUAAUUGAUGGCCUUGAGCAAUGAGCACCCUCGUUUGUUACCCAUGGCUUAGUAGAUUUUUUCUUUCAAGUGCUUGUUUGGUUGCCAUGGAAAGUGUCUGGGUUUCCCUUGCUUCUUUAAAUGUACUUUUGGACUGUAAAUGCAACGGUAUAUCUAGCUUCUAUCGAAGACAACCUCUCUGUUUUAGAGAAAGGUUGCAUACAUCUAGACCCCAAUAGAGCUUGAAUUAUACUGGGUUGUUGUUGUUGACUCUUUGUUUUUUGAACAAAAUCAAUAACAUCAACUAUUCAAUGUAAUUGUCCAGCAAAGAGUGUAAGAAGAAAAUGGGGAGAAUAUUAUGGGACACUUGAAGUAUGACAUAGCAACACAAAUAUGCAACAAAGUUUUGACAUUUAUAAGACUCAUUGAAGCUAAUUUAGCGUCAUUUUGUAAAUGAAUCUCUGUUGUAUAG